AUGCCUCCCAAAUCCCCUCCCCGGUCCUGUCCCCAGGAGGCGAGGGACAUCGGAGAGAGGAGGGAGAUGGACCAAGCCCAGAAGCAGCCUCAGGAGACCGCGGGGGCCACGGGGGCCCAGAACCUUGGCAACCCCCAGCCAGGCUUCAUGAAGUGCUUGUUGGAGGUGGAAGAGGCGGAGGCCACGCAUUGGAGGGUCACCAAGGCCCGCACGCUGCCGAACCGGAAGUCCCCCAGGACCCCGGCCCCCGUGUCCGUCUCUGCCCUGGUUGGCAACUCAGCCCCAACCCUGCCUCUGACCCUGCCUCAGACCCCUGCCUCGGCUCCUGCCAUGGCCCCAUGCUGGGCCGGACCGCCAGCCCCUGGGCCACUUCCUGCCCCCAUGGGAGCCCCAGCUUCAGUGCCCGUCACGGUCCUGCCGGUCCCUGCAUCAGACCUGGGCUGGAGAAGGACAGAACCUUUGCACCACAGCGGGGAGAGGAGCCUGAACUACCCCAAGGCACGGCAGGAGCUGGAAGAACACUGCCUGCUGAAGGUGUGUCAGACCUGGGAGGAGAGGUCGGAAGAGCACCUCACACUGAAGCAAGAGGAAGCCUUCCGCAGCUACUUUGAGAUCUUCAGUGGUCACGGCGAAGUGGAUGCACAGAGCCUGGAGAACAUCCUGCUCCUCGUGGGCAUCUCCCUGACGCCGGCCCAGGUGGAGGAUGCCCUGAGGAGUGCUGAUAUCGAUGGAGACGGCCACGUGAACUUCAAAGACUUCUUGGCCGUGAUGACAGACACCAAGCGCUUCUUCUGCUCUGUGGAAGAGAAGGCCCUGACGGACAUGGCUCCCCCAAACCCCCGCACUCUGCUCUUUGAGAUCCUGUCCCUGCUGGUGGAGAUGCUGGCCUUACCUGAGGCAGCCUUAGAGGAGAUCACCAGCUAUUACCAGAAGAAGCUGAAGGAAGGCACCUGUAAGGCCCGAGAGAUGGAACCGGCCAUUGGCCGGCUGCGGUCCCGGAAGAAGCUUCCCUACAACCCGCAGCAGGCAGACACCUUGGAAGUCCCAGAACGAAGAGCCCUCAGGAUCCUGAGCCAGCUGAAGCAGCAGAACUACGCUGCCAACCUGCAAAGCCCCUAUGCCCAGGUGCCUUGCAUCCCGCUCUGCCCGCGGCUGGACAAGAAUACGGUCCGCCGGAAGCAGGGCAGCCACUACAUGUUGGAGCCGUGUACCCCCACCAGCCUGGGCCCUGACACCCGUAGCCCCUUCUUCCAGACUGGAUCUCAAGGAAGCAGGGAACCCAGCUCUGAUAGCCGAAAGUGACUCAGUUCUGUGCCGGCUCGAACCCACUGACCCUGCAGAGUCCUGACUCUGGGCCAGCUGUUCAGGGCCUGCAGACGGACGGGUCAUCAGGCAGGGACUGCUGCUGGAUUUUGCUUCUGUGGCCUGGUAAGCCAAUAAACAACAAGAACCUCAGCCUCUGUGCCUGGUGCCAGGGAAGGCCCCAGGUUUUCACCCUUCCACUUGGCUCUCAGAGCGGAGGGCCUCAGGCUCCCUCGGGCUUCAGAGCCCAUGAAGCAAGACUCGCCUUAAAACCCUGCCGAGGGUUAGAAGUCCUGCCAGAGGUGGCCCUGCGUUCAAAGUCUUGACCUCCUGUGCACUCUCAAAGCACAGAACUGGGACUAUUCUCAGAUGGGUGUCUCCACGCCGUGGGCUAGGAGUCCCAUAAGGGCAGGAAUUCUCUUUCCCACUUGCUUGAAGGGAAUGGUGCACAUAAGGGAAGUACCUGGGAAAGACCCUGGCCCCUAAAACGGACAGACCCUGUGGAAGGGCAGGAGGGGCCUCAGCCACGCUCUCACCAACAGAGGGCCAGGACCCAGGGGUGCCCUUCUUUUGGAGCCUAAGCAUGUGGGUCUGUGGCCCCAAUCCAUACACCACCCCAGUCCUAUUACUCAAAGAGAGAGCCCCUCCCUAGGACUGAGCAGAGAUAGCUUCCCAGUGGUUAAACAAGCAGCCACAGCAAGAGGUUAGGAGGCCAGAAACUGAAAUGAGGACAAGGUUCUGACAAGUUUAAAACAUGUAUUUAAAAUACAAUUUAUAAAAUGCUUAAUCUGCCGACUCAGGAGCCCGCGGUGCGGGGUGGGGUAGGGUGGGCAGCCACCCGCUAGACCAGCAGAGCAGGACUGCAGGGGUGUGGCCCUCCCUCCCAUGCCCUUCUGUUCAGAUACCCAAGGGGCCCAUAUGCACCCCUGGGAUCACGUGGCCGAAAACAGGACCCCAGAGGUUUCCAGAGUCUCUGCCUACCAGGGAGGCUGGGGCAGCCCUGCCGGCCCAUCCCUGAGCAGAGCAUCCCCAGAUGGGGCAGAGCAGGGUACGGCUGGGCUAGACAGGGCAGGGUGAGGCAGUGGGCUCUGGAAGGGGCUGAUGGUAGCAGAUAGGGUGUUGCCUCCUGCCAGCAGGUGGGGAGCACCCUGACUGAGUGGGCGGAGAAGGGUUGGUCACCAGGCCCAGACCCCCAGCUCCUUUGGUUAUAGGCUGACAUCAGAGUAGUGGCUCAUGGGAAGCGGUUAGCUGGAAGGUCUGAGGCCUGGCUCACGGAGUCAGGGAGGAGCUGGGGGAAGGGGACAGUACCAUGAAGGCAGAUAAAGGGGCAGCAGCCUCAGGUUUCUGCCCCCCACUCCCCUGGUG